GACUUGAAGCCAGAUGACGUUCGCGUCUGCACCUCGUUCGACAUCGGGCACGUCUGCACCAGGGGGCCCACCUGGGAGUACGACAACCAGGACGGGGGCGACAAGUGCAUUGGUUGGACGCAGCGCCCGACGAAGCUGGUGCUCGCGAACUGGCUUGACCUGAUGAUUUUCGGAGGCAAGGGAAUGGGGCCCAAGUGCCCUGCGACGGGGUACCACUACGGGGGCUGGUGGAUCAACCGCUCGAUCGUGGCCCACUGGCCGUGCGGCGAGGAGGAGUGCUUCUACAAGGCGGGCGACGACAACCACUACGACCUCAACGUGGUCAGGAACAUGCACGUCCUCACCCCGAUCGAGCGGGUCUUCGAGUUGACGGAGAUGCUCUACGACAUCAACGGCAUCUUCGAGAACAACAUCAGGAUCAAGAAUGAGGUGCUCGGCAUGCCGUCGAACCCGUCGCACGCCGACCAGUUGCAGGCCAUGACGAAGACCUGGAUCGCCCAAGCGGUGAACGACAUCAUCCAGGUCGAGGCUUCCUACCGCGCGCAGCUGAUCAUCGACAUCCACGGCAGGGGGCGCCAGCUGGAGCCGCGCUCAAGCAACGAGAAGGGCAGCGAGAAGGACUUCUGGGGCAUUAAU